ACAACAUUGUAUACUUCCAUACUUUAGUCUCUUAAACAUCACCUUAUCUCUUGUAUUGGCAGUGUAAAGAGACCACGAGUACACAGCUCGAGCAGUACCUGUAGUAGUAGUUUAAAAAAACACUAGGAAAUACAGUAGCUAAAACUUAAAAAAAUUAAAGCAGUACCAUCAUACCUGAGUAGGGAGAAUGAGAUGCAGCAGCUUGCAGAACUCCAUUGUAUCAACAUUAGCAGCAAGAAAUAUCUUUUUGCCUCCAAAUCCAUGGCUGCAAGCUUUCUGUUUUGCUCACUUGAGAGAGUAACCAUCUGGAUAUUCAUCAUCAUUGUAGCAUCAUACCCAACUCAAGUACACGCUCACAAUGAGAAUGGAUCCAGAAGAUCUGUAUUGGAUCCAGGGCCAUCCGGGGAUUUGGCAACACUAAUGGCCUUCAAGAGACAUGUAGAAAAAGACCCCAAUGGCAAGCUCAGCAGCUGGGUGGUGUCUGGUUCUAAUGAUCCCUGCAGUUUUGAUGGAGUGCAGUGUACCGACUCAAGAGUCACAGAGAUUGAUCUCAGCAAUUCGGGACUGGUAUGUGAGUUUUCCUAUGUGUUUUGGCUUUUUGGGCUUGAAAAAAUUGGGACCCUGAUGCUGAAAUCCAAUGCAUUCUAUGGGAAUGUGUCCCACGCAGCAGGCAGUAAUGUAGUAUGUAGUGAUGGUCUCAUAAGUGUGGAUUUGUCCAGCAAUAAACUGCAGGGACCCCUUGCUAGCAAUCUGCUGGGUCUCUGCAAAAAAAUGGAGGUUUUGAACCUGUCAAGGAACGGGCUUUCUAACCCCACCGACGUGAGCUCAUUUGGGUUGGGGUCAGUUAAGAACCUUGAUGUUUCGGACAAUGGCCUGAUUGGGGAUUCAAUACUGGCUUCUGUGUUUUCCAACUGCAAGAGCUUGGAGUCGCUGGAUCUUGCUUAUAACAAGAUAAGUGGAUUUACACCAGGACUGAUACAAGGAUGCAGUGCAUUGACGUAUCUGGAUCUCUCCUUCAACAACAUAUCAGGGAAUCUCAGUGGCUUUGGAGACUGCGUAAGCUUGAAGCUGCUUGAUCUCUCCUCCAACGUCUUGACAGGUGAAAUCCAUCCAUCCCUUGGUAGCUGUAAGGAACUUAGGACUUUAAACCUUUCAGCGAAUCAAUUGAAUGGAGAACUACCCACUUCAUUAUGGGCUGGUCUGCAAAACAUUGAGAUACUUCUGAUAGCCAACAACAAGCUUGGUGGUAGCAUACCUACGGAGCUUGGUGAUACUUGCAAAACCCUCCAAGAACUAGAUUUGUCAAACAAUAAAAUUACUAGUACAAUACCAACCUCGAUUUCUGCUUGCUUGUCUUUGCAUACUAUCAAUCUCAGUAACAAUCAGCUAACUGGUACCUUCCCUAGCGAUUUGAUAUCCAGCACAACUUCUUUGAGAAACUUGGUCCUUGCUUAUAAUAAUAUCACCGGAUAUGUUCCUGUUUCCCUUGCAAAUUUCACAAAUUUAGAGGUCCUAGACCUUAGUUCCAAUCACCUUAAUGGAUCUAUUCCAAGUUCUCUUUGCCAAUCUCCUUCCCGGCUUCCUCUUCAGAAGCUUUAUUUGCAGAACAACAUUCUAACUGGUUCACUCCCUUCACAGCUUGCAGACUGCACCCAGCUAAGGUCUCUUGAUUUGAGCUUUAACUAUCUCUCUGGGACUAUUCCGGUGUCACUUGGGUCUCUUGAAUACCUCCAGGAUUUGGUAAUGUGGUUGAACCGUCUUGAAGGUGAAAUUCCAAAUGGUCUUUUCAAUAGUGGUAGCCUGGAGAACUUGAUGCUUGACAAUAAUUUAAUUACAGGUAGCAUCCCUUCUGGCCUAAAAAAUUGCAACAAUCUUGUAUGGCUUUCACUUUCAAGCAAUAGGUUGACAGGAACUAUCCCAUCCUGGGUUGGUCAGCUUGAAAAGCUUGCAAUAUUGCAGCUGGGAAACAAUUCUUUAUCUGGCAUCAUUCCUCCAGAGCUUGGAAACUGUAAAAGCUUGAUAUGGUUAGACCUGAACAGCAAUAAGUUGGAGGGUAGCAUCCCUAAUGAGCUAUCUAAGCAGUCGGGAAAAAUUAAGGCAGGCGGUUUGUCAGGUAAAUUGUAUGCAUUUUUGAGAAAUGAAGGAGGAACUGAUAGUGCUUGUAGAGGAGCUGGAGGGCUUUUAGAGUUUGCUGGUAUUCGUCCUGAACAAAUUCGCAGGAUUCCACAGAUCAUUUCUUGCAAUUUCACCAGAGUCUACAUGGGAAUAACUGUGUAUGCGUUCAAAGAUAAUGGGACUCUUGUUUUUCUUGAUCUCUCCUACAAUUUGCUAUCCGGAAAAAUUCCUGAAGGAAUUGGUUCUAUGUAUUACUUACAAGUACUGAAUCUUGGUCAUAACAAUCUUACAGAUUCCAUUCCUUCGGCUUUGGGAGGUUGUAAAUUGGUGGGGCUAAUAGAUUUGUCGUAUAACAAUUUGCAAGGAUACAUACCUCCAUCCUUAUCUGGGCUUUCUUUACUGACAAAUCUUGAUGUUGCCAACAAUAAUCUCACAGGCCAAAUUCCUUUAUCAGGUCAGCUGUCAACCUUCCCCCCUUCAAGUUACGAAAACAAUUCAGGUCUCUGUGGAGUGCCUCUUCUGGCUUGUUCUGCAAGUGGAAAUGCAUAUUCUCCAGAUGAAGAGCACCCAAAAUCUCAUCAAAGGCGAGCUUCUUUGGUAGGAAGCAUAGCUAUGGGUCUCAUCUUUUCACUUUUUUGUAUAUUUGGCCUCAUAGUGGUGGUGAUCAAAAGCAGAGAACAGAAGAAACAGGAAGAUUUGCGAGAUGUAUACAUGGACAGCCUCCCUACUUCAGGGAAUGGGAGCUGGAAGCUAACAGGUGUACUAGAACCACUUAGUAUCAAUGUUGCAACUUUCGAAAAGCCUUUGCGAAAGCUUACAUUUGCUCAUUUGCUUGAAGCCACAAAUGGGUUCAGUGCAGAUAGUCUGAUUGGAACAGGAGGAUUUGGGGAAGUGUACAAAGCCCAACUUAAGGAUGGAUCUGUUGUUGCAAUCAAGAAGCUUAUUCAUGUAAGUGGACAAGGAGACCGGGAAUUCACAGCAGAAAUGGAAACAAUUGGGAAGAUCAAGCACCGGAAUCUGGUUCCACUGCUAGGCUAUUGCAAAGUUGGAGAAGAAAGGCUACUUGUCUAUGAAUACAUGCGCUGGGGCAGCUUGGACUCUGUUUUACAUGAUCAGAAAAAAGCAGACAUUAAGCUUGAUUGGCCUGUGAGGAAGAAGAUUGCAAUUGGUGCAGCUAAAGGCUUGGCAUUUCUUCACCAUAGUUGCAUUCCUCACAUCAUACAUAGAGACAUGAAAUCAAGUAAUGUCCUUCUGGAUGAGAAUCUGGAAGCCAGAGUUUCAGAUUUUGGAAUGGCUAGGCUCAUGAAUGCAAUGGAUACUCAUCUGAGUGUCAGCACACUUGCAGGCACACCUGGAUAUGUGCCUCCAGAGUAUUACCAGAGCUUCCGAUGCACAACGAAAGGUGAUGUUUAUAGCUAUGGAGUGAUUUUGUUGGAGCUUCUCACAGGGAGGCAACCUAUAAAUUCUGUAGAUUUUGGAGACAACAAUCUGGUUGGAUGGGUUAAACAACACGCAAAAUUGAAAAUUACAGAUGUCUUUGAUCCAGAGCUGAUGAAAGAUCCAAGUUUGGAAAUGGACCUGCUUCAACAUCUUAAAAUUGCUUGUGAGUGCUUGGAUGAACGCCCCUGGCGCAGACCUACCAUGAUCCAAGUAUUGGCUAUGUUCAGAGAACUUCAAAAGGAUGGUGAGGAGACAGAACUUGACAGCUUUGCACUGGUAGAUGCAGAUGUUGAAGAAGCUAUUGAUCAACCAGUUUGACUCCUUAUCUUCACUCCAUCUAUGUCCAUACUUUUCAAUUUGUUCAUAGAAUGCAAUGCAUGACACUUGCUCAAUAUUAAAUUGCUAAUAAUUUAUAGGAGCUUUGUUUUUGAAGCUCAACAGCCCAUAUUUUGAGCUUCAUUCCUAUCAGAUGUACAUGUUAAAGAAGCUUCUUAAAGUAAUCACUUCCCUUUUACUUAUUCUUCAUGGAAUGGGCAGCUGCCAUUUCUUUGCUCUCAGGAUCAGCAAGGGUGGUUAGGCAAGCUGAAAUGCAUUUCCAUAUCUAUAAGCUUGCUUUCUACCAAUGCAGAUAUCUAAAGAAGUCCCCAAGUCACAAUCAGCAGUCCUCCAUUUCCCCCUUCAUUCAUUGAAUGCUCAUUUACCCCUCUGUUUGCAGAGUGCACUUCCUUCUGUUAUUCAUGGCAUUCAUAACCACUGUUGUUUAAGCUCAUUCUGAAUUGGCAUAGGCAUGCAUAGCUUCAUUGCAACAAUUCCUUCUAAUGGAAUGGACAUAAAAUCCUUAUGAAAGUUUGAUAAAGGCUUUGGACUCCGAGUGACAAUGAUGUGGGGCUUUGUUACUAUCCUGUCUGAGUGAGCAUGCCAAAAGAUUGAAAAAUCCUUUGGAUUCUGCCUCUGAUGGUGGAAUAUAUGCUUCUGUUAAUUGUGAUUGUACAGAAACAUUGGUAGAAAUUCUGGAUUCUGAUUGUGAUGAUAUGGAACUUUUCACAUCUCUCUCUGAAUGUGCAGAGGAAGUGAUAAAUCAUUUGGAUUCCAAUCUUUGUGACAUGGGUUUUAAUUGUAAUUUGCAAUCUAUCUGAACUGAAAUAUGAGAGUAGUUAUUGAAAUGUCUCUCUCUCAUCUUUGUGACUCUGAAGAGAAUUAGGUACACAGCAUCACCAUUAUAUUUUCAGUGACCAUGGUAUAUUUGAUUUGCUAAAGUGCAAACAUCUUCAAAGAUAAUGUAUUGUUUCUGAAGUUUUGUAACUGAUUUGGUUCCCUGCAUUUA